AUGAAUCAAACAGACAAAAAUCAACAGGAUGUCCCAUCGUACCUCCGCGAUGAACUGCCAGAAGGCUCGCUGAAGGACCACCCGCAGCAGCAGCCCGGCGUGCUGUCCCGCGUCACCGGCGGCCUCUUCAGCGUCACGAGGGGAGCCGUCGGCGCCACCAUCGGCGGCGUAGCUUGGAUCGGAGGGAAGAGCCUGGAGAUCACCAAGACGGCCGUCACGUCGGUGCCUGCCGUGGGAGUGGGGCUGGUCAAGGGAGGUGUUUCGGCCGUGGCUGGAGGCGUCACCGCUGUAGGAUCUGCUGUUGCGAGUAAAGUGCCUUUAACGGGGAAGAAAAAGGAUAAGUCUGACUAAAACAAACGAAACUGAGACGCACUUGAUUCUUUGGAAUAUUACGUCGGUGGCAUUAAAAUCUGCUAAGAUUGGGACCACGAGAAGCCAUGUGUCU